AUGACCCCUGGCCUGAACCUGGACGAUGGGAUCACCACAUCCGAGUCCAUGGGUCAGACCCCACCGGGACUUGUCAGAGGUGAUAGCACCUCUCCCUCGUCUCCCUCGUCUCCCUCGGGCUCUUUCUCUCUCGAUGGCGUAGACGAUCCUCGUCGACGUCCUCGACACAGUCUUCGAGAGGUUCGGGCCCAGGAUGAUGAAUGGACCUACCCUCAGGCCGUCUCCAGCAAGCAUGCCCCAAAGGCAUAUGGAUACCCGCCCCAGGUUCAAGUCCACGAGUCGUCCUCUCGCCGCUCAAGCCACAGCAGCAAGACAUACUCCCCCCCAUCGACCUCUGGUGUCAAGCGUCAGCGAUCUGUGGAGAAGAGGUCCAGGCACCUCUCUGAUCCUGACCAGACAGCCGACGUCCGCAAGAGUGGAGCUUGUAUGCCGUGCCGUAUCUCCAAGACUCGCGUAAGAUAA